GGGCUUUGCAUGUAAGGAGUCGUGUCAAAGUCAGGCUCUUCAUCACCUCGCGGUCUGUUGCUCUCCUCCUUCCUCUUCUCAUUUAAACCUUGCUCCUUCAGCAUGACUUCCACGAUUGAAGUGAGGCGCAUCCUGGCGCUUUACGACGCUACCGAGAAGCAACAUUGCCAUCUAUAUUCUCGGCAUCAUGCUGUACAAGUUUGGCCUCGAGCAGUUCAACAGUCCAACGGUUCAGUCGUGGCGAUGGCUACCGAUCGCUUCAAAGCUGACCACACCUUUGGCAAACUGGCCGUCUUGACCGGGCUGAACUAUGCCAUGCAAUGUGUUGGCGCCAUCCUCAUUGCCCCCCUUGUUGGUGCUCUCUGCCGCGAUCUUCAUAUUUUCCAUCAUGUCCGCUGUUAUCGAUGCUGCCACCGGUGGUAAGAUCAAGGCCAACAACAACAACAAAGUCAAGUGCGGUAGUUGGAAUCCCAACGGUCUCUUCCCUAUCUAUACCAUCUCGGGUAUUGCCUACGGCAUGGUUGAACUCAUUUGCCGGGUUAUCCCCAGAGACAUUGUGGGCACAAACCCGGAGAAGUUGAGGAGGAUGGACGCUUUGGUACACAUCAUGUAUGAAGUGUCUGAUACAGGAGGUACCUUUGCCAGCACACAACUUAUUGCCAAGCUGGGCAACAACUAGUGAGUUACGACUAGGACUGGCGAGGGUGAAAUUGAACGCUG